UGCAAAUUUGAACUAGAUAGUUUAGAGCAAGCAUAUCGUAAGACAACAACCAAUAAAUCUCAAAUAAAGCGCAAAGAACCAGGAAUUCAAAAGUUGGCCAAGAAAUACAAUGAUAUCUGUGCUGAACUGGAAAAGAUGAUUAAAAGAAAAGAAAUUCCUCAUGGUGCAUGUGCACCACACAGAAUAGCCACUGAUGGCCUAUUCAAACUAGAUGUUGAUGAUGACAUCUGGCAGGAUGUUGGUUUAGAUGACAUGGAUCUCUGUUCUGGCAGGGAAAUCCCACAAUGGCUGGGUGAUGAAGGUGUGCAGAAAGGAAUUAAAUCAUUAAUGGAGCUGGAUCGAUGCCAGAAAGAGCUGCGACGAUUGUCCUAUGAGCGUAGUGCAAUGCAAGAAUGGUUUGAAGAAGAGUGGAAGUGUGUUAUGAUGGCUAUGGAAAUUGAGGAACUUGCACUGGCACAAAAUUGGGAAUCAUCUGAAAUGACAAUGGAGAAUGAGAUUGAUGGUAAGGAAGAGGAUGAGAGUGAUGAUGAUGAAGACCAAGAGGAUGAUGCAUGUGAAAAAAUAGACUAUUGUUCAUUGAUUUCACUUUUCUGCCUCCAGAAACAUCCAAGAUACUUCUCAGUUCUACUACUAUUUUCUGAAAGUAUAUUCUGGAAAGAAUUCAUUGUCCAUAAAUUUACAAUCAAAACUCAAGAGAAAGAGGAAGGGAGGCAGGGAGAGAAGAAGAGGAGGAGAGGAAGAAAGGAAGAGAAGGAGAAAAACAACAAAGAACUUGGUGAACUCUUGUCUGUGAAGGAUGGUAAUACAGGUGUGGGUGGAAUAAGGUGCAACUUAAGAGAGAAGAAGAGAAAGAUCAAAGCACUUUGUCAACUCGAUGGUAAUACAGAUGUGGUUGGGGUGUGCAACUUGAGAGAGAAGAGAAAGAUCAAAGCACUUUGUCAAUUCGAUGGUAAUACAGAUAUGUGGGUGGGGUAUGCAGAUAAGGUGCAACUGGAGAUCCCAGAGCUGAAGUAA